CUCCGUCUCUCUCUCUCUCUCUCUCUCUCUCUCUCUCUCUCUCUCUCUCUCUCUCUCAAGUUUUGGCUUUUCUUCUCCCUUGAGGUAUCUCGCUGCAUAAAGAUACGGGUCAUCUUUUGACAAAUAAGUGGUAAUUUACAUAGAUUAAAUCUCAUUAAAAGCCAAUCACAAUGCUGAGACAGGCAUCCAGUAGGAGUCAGAGAUCCAAAGGUGGGUUCAAGGUCAAACAUGCUCUUCAGAUAUUCGUCCUUCUUGCUAUUUGCAUUUGGUUGCUUUAUCAGGUCAAGCACUCUUACGAGAAGAAAAGAGCUUUGGGAGAGCGGAACUCAAAAAUUUCGAAUAAAUUAGAGCAGAACCAAGAAAUUCUUUUCAAGUUUGGGAGAAAGGGCCUUCCUUAUGCCGAGGAAAUAGUGUCUGUCAAUGAGACUCACAACAAGAAAGAAGGAAAUGAAGUAACUCAAGAAGAUGAAGAAGAACAUGACAAUAGUACCAAACAAGAAGAAGUGGGUGAUGAAGAGAGGAUUGUUAAGCAAGAUCAAGUGAAAAGAGAGGAGGAAGCUACUGUAGAAGAUAAGGAUGUAAAUGAAGUGGAUGUGUUUGGUAAUGGAGAGCAUGAAAGUGGUACACAAGAGGCACGAGAAGAGAAUUAUAAAAGAGACGAUGCUUCAAGUGCUGUUGUUCAUGAUACCCAAAUUGAAGAAUCUGAAACGGCUAAUGGAGAUUUGGGAAAUACAGAUGACCAAGUAGUUGAUAAAGCUGAUGAUGAUUCAAGUGAUAACGGUUCUAAACAUGAUGAUGACUCAAGUGCUAAUGGUUCUAAAGUUGAUGAUGAUCCAAGUGAUAACGGUUCUAUAGUUGACAAUUCAAGUGAUAACGGCUCUGAAGGUGAUGAUUCAAGUGAUAAUGGCUCUAAAGUUGAUUAUGAUUCGAGUAAUAACGGUUCUGAAGUCGACGAUUCAAGUGAUAAUGGCUCUAAAGGUGAUGACUCAAAUGAUAAUGGCUCUAAAGUUGAUGAUAUUUCUGAUGGUGACGAUACAAAAACUGAUGGUUCUAAUGGUGAUGAUCCAAGUACUGAUGGUUCUAAAGGAGAAGCAGUGGGAGAAAAUUCAGUCAAAGAAGUGGCCGAGUCAAAUGUGACCAAUGGAACGGAUGAUGCCUCUAAAGGCAAUAAUAAUUUGAGUGCUGGAUUUGAAGGAAUUUCUGUUAGCAACAUUUCAGAUACUAAUGUGACCAAGAACAAUGACCUUUCUUCUAGUGUAAUGUCUGCUGAUAAAAAGGAGACAGAGGUUGAGUUUUCAAAACCAGAAAAUGGGUCAGCUUCCAAUUCAACAACAGCUGAAUAUAAUAGUCAUAUUGAACAACAAACGAACAAGACGAUGGAAGCUGAAUCCAACAUCCAAAUGGAACUUCAGACAAAAAAUAUAUCUGAUCAACAACCUGAAAUACAAAAUGAACCCAUAAUCGUUAAUUCAACAGGCAUUUCUACCUCAAAUGAUACUGAUACCUUGAACUCAGAUCAAAAUGAAACUGAGAAGUUAAACACAACUGUUGCUCUGGAGUCUGAAGAGAAUUCAACCACAUCAUCUACAAAUGAGAAUGAGGUGGAAGCUAAUGGAGAAUCUGAUAAUUCUCUGGAUCCUGUCAUCAAGGAAGACGAAGAUGCGCAUGUAGAUUUUUCGACCUUACCUGACAUCAGAAAUGAAGCAAAAAUAACAGAUGAUGCAGCUUCUGAGUGAGUGUAAUGUUUGAUUUUGUGGGAUUAAGGUUUCUGGUAGAAUUUUGCGACAUUUUCUCUCUUCUGGUGGUGUUGUAUGGCUUAUUGCUAUUUUUUUCCCUCGCAUACUUGUGAUGAUGAAUUCUGGAUUUUCUACUUUAUACAAAGUUUCGAAAAGUGCACACUGGGUUGGAAAAUUUCAUCUUAGGUUCUUUUUUGUUAUAACUUUCAAUUGUAAUAAAAGGAUCAUCUUUUGCAAA